GUUACCGUUUUUUCAAACCCGAGAGCCUGUCUUGGAUUGAACGGUGGGAGGAACUCGGAGUCACCGACCGUCAGAAGUUGGAGGAAGGCAAACUUUGCGCAGGUUUCUGCCAAGCCGCUGGACGGAGCAAAGCGAUCAAGGAAGAGGAGGGCGGCCAGAAAGGCUUUGUGGCCAGCUUGGAACGCUACCAGCUCUUCCCCGAGAGUUCCCGGGCAGGUCUGUUCCUUGCCCCCAACCC